UUGAGUGCAAUCAUUUUUCGAAAAGCCGGCAAUUUUUUUUUCUGUGCAAAUUUACUAUUUUGUUUCCCAUUUCAAAACAAUUAGUAAUAUUUAUAAUUUUACAAGCAAAACAAUGGCAACGGUUGCAGCCAAUUCUUUAACUAGCAAAAGAUGGCAUAGUUUGCGUCAUAUUUUGGAAAGGGCAGGACCUUUUUGUAAAUCGGAUUUUACUCCCUCACCCGAAAAUUUAGAAUUUUUGCAAACUACUUGCAAAAUUUUAGUAAUUGGUGCUGGUGGCUUGGGCUGUGAGCUUUUAAAGGAUUUAGCCUUAAUGGGUUUUGGUGAUUUGCAUGUCAUCGAUAUGGACACCAUCGACUUAUCGAAUUUAAAUCGUCAAUUUUUAUUUCGUCGCAGUGAUAUAGGUUCCUCCAAGGCUGAGUGUGCCGCUAAAUUUAUUAAUAAUCGUGUGCCUACGUGUCGUGUUACACCUCACUUCUGUAAAAUCCAAGAUUUUGAUGAAUCAUUCUAUCAGCAAUUCCAUAUUAUAGUGUGUGGUUUGGAUUCUAUAGUGGCGCGUCGUUGGAUUAACGGCAUGCUGUUAUCCAUGCUUAGCUAUAAUGAAGAGGAUGGUUCUGUAGAUCCUUCCUCCAUAAUACCCAUGAUUGAUGGUGGCACUGAAGGCUUUAAGGGUAAUGCCCGUGUUAUAUUACCGGGUUUUACGGCUUGCAUCGAAUGUACCUUGGAUCUAUAUCCACCACAAAUUACCUAUCCUUUGUGCACCAUAGCCAAUACCCCACGUCUACCCGAACAUUGUAUAGAAUAUGUGAAAAUUAUACAAUGGGAUAAGGAAAAUCCCUUUAAUUCUGCCUUGGAUGGUGAUGAUCCCCAACAUGUGGCCUGGGUCUAUGAGCGGGCCAGUGAAAGAGCCAGUCAAUUUAAUAUUUCUGGCAUUACGUAUCGUCUGGUGCAGGGUGUUUUAAAACAUAUAAUACCCGCAGUGGCUAGUACAAAUGCCGUUAUUGCUGCUGCUUGUGCCACGGAAGUUUUUAAAUUGGCCACUAGCUGUUAUGAUAGCAUGUCUAAUUAUUUAAAUUUUAAUGAUAUUGAUGGUAUCUAUACGUAUACUUAUGCUGCCGAAAAGUCUGAAAAUUGUUUGGCUUGUAGCAAUGGUCUUCAGAUAGUGAAUAUUGAAGAUCCCAAUACCACAACUUUGGAGGAUUUAAUUAAAAUGCUGUGUGAAAGUCCUAAAUAUCAAAUGAAACAACCGGGCAUUACAACAAUUAUCGAGGGUAAAAAUAAAACUUUGUACAUGUCCACGGUUAAAAGUAUUGAAGAACGUACACGCGGCAAUUUGACACAAUCUUUGGGUGAAUUAGGACUCAAAGAUGGUCAACAAAUUAUUGUAACCGAUCAGACAACACCAAAUACUGUAACACUACAGUUAAAAUACAAUGCCAAUGAAGUCGAAAUGAAUUAAAUUCAUUAAAAAAAACGCAAAAAAACUAAAACAAUAGCAAACCACAAAAAAUAAAACAAUUUAAACCAACAUAAAGUAAAAAAUAAAAAAAAAUAUACAACAGUAAAGCAAAAAUAAAAAGAAAAACUUAUAAAAAAAAUUCAUCAUCAUCUCAUCGUACACAUGCACCAAACUAUUCACUUAUCUCAUCAAUCACUGGCACAUUCUGCAAUUCCGAACAUUUACGUUUCCACAUUGCUAAUUGUUCUUUUAGCACCUUUUCUUUGGCGGCGGCACGUGUUAAUAAAACUUUAGCUUUUUGCAAUAAUUGUGAUUUCUUUAUCAAUUGUUCUUUAACAUAUUUCAAUUCAUCUUGUGUUUGUGUAUCCAUACUCAACAUUCUACCUUUAUUCUCGCAAUGAGGACAUUUUGUUUGUAGUUUUAAUUCUGAUUGUAAAGUGGAAAUUUUCUCUAAAGAAUCCGUAUACAUUUGUUGUAAGCGAGCGGUGUCGUUGGUAGUAGUAGUCUCUGUGGAAGCCUGUUAUAAAAUAGUGUUAUGAAAAGCUUUUAAUUUUUCCACCAAAUUUCUCAAUGAUAAUAUUGUAGUUUCUGCCGGUUGACCUAUUUGGGUGUUUAGUUUUAUACCACUACAUUUGCAUAAUUCUUUGCGUGCUUCUGCCGAGGCUCUUUCUUCUUUUAAAGCAAUUAUAUAGCUGCAAAGGAAGAUUAUUUGAUUAUAUUAAAGGUAAGUGGAGUUUUCUUUAUAAAUAACUGAAAAUGAUUUCGAUAAUGUUUUCAUAUGCCGUUAAAAUAGCGUACACCGCCUGCAGAAGCAGCUUAUUUUAUCAAGAAAUAUGACUUCAAUCGAAUAUUGGUUAAAAUUUUUAAAAUUAGAUUGAUUUUAGAAACUUGAAUAGAAACAUCUUCAAAAUAAUCAUAAUAAAAUUCUAAUGAAAUUUCGAACUUCGAUGUGUCGCCUAAAA